GAAUGUGCAAGAAGUUUCACAUUUUAAAAAAAUUGAAUAUUUGCACUAAAUACAGGGCUUGCAUUUUCUGGGCAUGUAUCAACAUAGUCGUUGGAAUCGCUUUUAUUCCUCUUAUCAUGGAGUUCGUAAAGCAGCAGAAGCUGCCACUUUCAGUGCUUGUGAUUGGAUGUAUUUGUGGAGCAACAUUUAUUAUAUCUGGUUUCAUGCUAUUAAUUGGUGUCUUAAAGGGCUUUCGAUGUUUGGUCUGCUCAUCCUUAGUUUUCUGUGGCAUAGGUAUUUUCUUUACUCACUGGUUGAUAAUUCCUUUAGUCCUUUAUUUUAUUUUCUCUUUUGUUGUGUACAACUACUACCAAGUAGAUAUGUCGCCUGAUGAUCGCUAUAGAGUGCCAAGACGCUUUUCAUAAACUAAAUAAA